AUGGCGGCAGCCCUAGGCAAUGCUGGUCAGGCCGGCCAAGCACCGGAUGAGGACCUGGUCGAGCAGGUCCUCAUGAAAAACCCCGACCGCUCCCGAGCUCUCCCCUCCUCCUUCCUCCUCGCCUCGCGCCCUCCCUCUCCUGUGGCCGCGCCCCCACUAACGAAAUGGCAGCGCCUCGGCCGCAACAAUCUGCCCAGCUCCUCUCCAGCUAACCAACCUCUUCGACUCGCCUCCUCCGGGCCUCAAGCCUUCACCUUGCCUGGCCUUGGGGCGGUUCCCUGGCAAGCAGGGCAGGAGCGAGGACGAGGCCGGCGCCGCCCUCAGGCUCAGCUUCGCCUGGGCUUGCUCUGGUCUCCGUGCGCGCCGUUCUCGAGCUCGCUUGACGCGGCUCCUGAAUUUGCCUGCAAGAAGGUACAGAUCUUUGAGAAGAAGGGGGUGAGUCUCGGGGUGGUGGUGGUUUCGGUGCGGAGCGGGGGCCAGAAGGGCGAAGCGAGGAAUCGAGCGGCGAUAGAUCGCGGUUCAGGAAGCGCAGCGAAUAUUGUGGGGGUGAAGCUGCCAUUUGGGCUGUGCGGAUGCCAGGACGAGAACUCGAGAAAUGUCGAGGAAGACGGAGGGUUCGACGGGGAUCAGAUUCAGUUGCCGUGCCCGCUGCCCGAGUCGUCGAUCGUGGUCGGUGUCGACGAGUGGGGGGCGGUUCGGUCGUGCGGCGACGAGGUUUCCCGAUGGAUGAUUAGCUCCGAAGAGAUCGAGUUCGUCGACCAAGUCGGACUAACCUCGUUUAAAGGGGUUUACAGAGGGAAGAAGGUGUGGAUCAAGAAGCUGAGAGGGUGUGAGAAGGGAAGUGCUUAUGAAUUCGAAAUCAGACAAGAUUUGCUACAACUUAUGACCUGCGGGCAUAGAAACAUUGUUCAGUUUGUGGGUAUUUGCAUCGAGGAGUGCAACGGGCUUUGUGUGGUGAUGAGGAUGAUGGAGGGUGGAUCGGUGCACGAUCUGAUACAGAGGAGCAAGAAGAUUGGGGUGAGGGAGGUGAUCAGGAUAGCGGUGGAUUUGGCCGAAGGGCUGAUGUUCAUGAAUAGCCACGGGGCUGCUUAUAGGGAUUUGAACGGGCAGAGGAUUUUGUUGGACAGGCAAGGGAAUGCUUUUCUUGGAGAUAUGGGGAUUGUUACUUCUUGCAAUAAUGUUGGGGAGGUUACUGAGUAUGAAACUGCGGGGUAUCGGUGGUUAGCUCCUGAGAUCAUUGCUGGAGAUCCAGAGACUGUGACAGAGACUUGGAUGAGCAAUGUGUAUAGCUUUGGCAUGGUGAUUUGGGAGAUGGUAACCGGUGAGGCUGCAUACUCUUCAUACUCGCCGGUUCAAGCAGCAGUCGGCAUUGCUGCAUGUGGAUUGAGACCUGAGAUUCCCAGAGACUGCCCUCAAGUUUUGAGGUCAUUAAUGAUGAAGUGCUGGAAUAAUUGCCCAUCAAAACGCCCUCAGUUCUCAGAGAUCAUUGCCAUCUUACAAAAGCAAAGCAAUAGAUGAGUCCCUUUUAUGCAAAAUAUGUUGCAGUAUGAUCUCGUGUAAAAAUUGUUGAACUUUUUAGCAUUUAGGUUUCAGCUCUGCCCAUAACUAUGCUGUCACAAUAUUCUUCUAAAUUAUUGAAGAGGUCAAAAUCAUUAACAAACUUCCUGUCCACCAAUUAUCGAAUUUACUUGUGGAUUAUUGAUCAGCUAUUUGAUAUGUUGUAUGUGGCUUCUCAUGCUUUGUUUUUUUCUUGCAGUGAGAUGUAAUACACUUUAUGUUCCUGGUAACACUUUUGACUGUUUUGAAA